GAUAAUGGGAGAGUGCAGAGGGAACGGCUCUCAUGGAGCAGUCGCAGCGCUUAAUUAUGCAAAACAGUUUUACCCACAGAAAUAGGGAUCGAUAAGGAGCAUGCGACUCUGGCGACGCAUUUGAUAUAUCUUGCCAUUUACUGAUCAACUGUCGCAGAGGAGACACCCAAAAACUAUCAGAGCAGUUUCGAAAAUGGAUGAAAACAAACUGAAACUGUUGCUGCUAAAGGACGCUAGAUAUGAAUUCAGUCGCUUUUUGGACACAGCUACUAACUUGGACGCUGGAAAUCUCCUGCGUAUAAUAUGCAGCACUGACAACAUUAAGGAGGACACUCGAUGCGAGUUUGCCUCGAAAUUAUUGGAAAAGUACAACGCACAUGAAGGAGAGAGUCCCUCCCCGGUAUAUUUAGCAGCGGAAAAAGGCCUGCUAAAACUGCUUGCAACUCUGAUCAACCAUCCCACGCACCCUGCCACCUCGGAGUUGUUCAACAGUUUAGGAGAGUCAGCCGUAAACGCUACCAUUCGUGGGGCCGUUAGCAGAGCUAACAAAGAUCCUUCAAGUGCGGAAGCUGCGUUAAAAUGUGUGAAAUUUCUUGCGGAGAAAAACUACAGUUUGGGCGCCAGGGACAACGUUUUCAACAAAUUCACACCCGUGCAUUUGGCGGCCGUUAAUGGACUGUGGGAUCUGGUCCAGUUUUUCCUCGAUCGUAAAGUCAAUAUUGAUAUAAGGAUCGGAGACAAGACGGCCAGGGAAUUAAUCGAAGUCACUCACCCGGAGUGGAUAAAGGAUUACGUGGGGGACUCGGAAAAAGGCGAGGAUGACCGCGAUGAGAUGGUUUCAUCAUUGAAAUGCUCUAAGAGCAGAAACGACAAGGAGAAAUUAUUCAGUACCUGGCUCAAGGAGAACGAAUUGAACCUAAGGGUCAAUGAAUCCUGUAAAGGAGGGUACACCUUGCUGCAGUACGCAGUCAUGCACAAAUUGCCAGGGAUGAUCCAGGAGCUUAUCAAGAGGAAGGCGGAUCCAAACUCUGCUCUGUUGGACGCCCUUGAAUCUGGAGAGGAAUAUUUUAACCUUCUGAGGGCAUCUGACAUGGAACUAAAUUUACGACAGAAGGUUCGGGGAAAACUGUUACACAACGUUUUGCAUGUUGCCGUGCUCUCUUUGAACUACAGUAUAAGAGUAAUCGAAGAUUUAUUAGAAGAGGCAAAGUUUCAGCAAAUUGACAGCGCCGCUUGGAUUAAUGAAAGAGACCACAAUGGUUGCACUGCCUUGCACCUUGCAGCCAAACGCCAUUUAAAGGACGCUGUGGCUCUACUGCUGCAUCACAAAGCUAGCUUAUUCAUCAAGGACAAUUUCGACCUUCCCGCUUUUUAUUACAUUCGACCUGAGCUGAUCGAGGAACAUCUCGACGAACAGAUUGAGCUAACUGAGCCAUUAACGGCCAAUUACGGAAUAGUUUUCGAUCUCGACUUCCUCCAAGCAUACCCAGGAAGGAAAAUUAAGUGUGAAGGGGAGGAACACAAAAACAACAAGGAGAGCUACCAGUCUGUGCCAAAAGAAGACGCAAAGUCUGAAAUAAUCGAUGAAUCCAUACAUCCAGAGAUGGAGUCGCUAAAGAUGAUGUCUAAGUCACCAAUUCACUGCCGCCUUCUUCAACACCCAGUAAUUCGUGCCUUUUUGCAACUCAAAUGGCAGCGCUUACACUGGUUCUAUUGGUUCAACUGCAUUUUCUACCUGAUUUUUGCGAUAUCGUUUUUCGCAUUCGUCUUCAGCAUCAACCUAAAAGAACUCAACAAUGAAAAUAAACUAACCAACUCAAGCGACACAGGCAAUGAUGCAAGCCUCUAUUAUGCGCACCACCAUCUGUUCCAAAUAAUCACCGCAGUGAUGACCUUUUUCUUAACCUUGAGGGAGCUCUCACAGGCUCUGUUCCUCACGGAAAAAUACUUUUUUAACUGGGAGAACUGGCUCGAGGUGGUCAUCAUCUUACUAACAUUUUUGCUACUGAUCGCACCGUUCAGCAAAGCUCUCGCCUCCGCACUGUCGCUCCUCAUCUGCUUGGAAAUGUUUCUCUUGAUGAGUCGGUAUCCGCGACUCGCCAAUUACAUCCACAUGUUUCUCCAAGUGGCCCGAAAUUUUGUUAAAUUCUUAUCAUGGUACUUUUUGAUGAUUCUGGCGUUCGGAUUCUCAUUUUAUAUUAUAUUUCCGUUCUGCCACGUUGGAAAGGACUGCAAAACCUUUUUUAAUACAGUUCCCACAUCAAUUUUCAAGACGGUUGUCAUGAUUUCUGGCGAGUUUGAAUCUGGAGAUAUUGAAUUUGACCACGUUUCCGUCGCCAGCCACCUGAUAUUCAUCGCAUUUUUAUUCUUAAUUUCCAUCGUUAUGAUCAACCUAUUAAAUGGAUUAGCAGUCAGCGACACGCAGCAGAUAAAAAACGACGCCGAGUUAAUUUUUUGCAAAUCUCAAACCAAAUUUUUUGACGACAUUGAAUCUACCCUUUUGAUGACCUAUCGUGAAGGAGACCGGUGCCCUACAUUCCUCAAGUCACUCGCUCGGUGGAUGAGCAAGAAAAUCAUGUUGAUUGACAACCUUCUGGCUGAAAGCAACAAUAAGGUGACUGUUUUACUGUACAAAAACAACGAUGUGAAACCAGACGUUAGAUUAUUUGGAGGAUACGACAUUUUUAAUUUGUGCGGCUGCAAAAUGAUCCCAUCCGGGCUUUGCACUAUUUGUAAUACAUUUAAUACGAUUAUAAGAGAUGCACUUCAAGUAGUCAACAAAAACGAGGAGCGCAGAGAAGCUUUGCUUCAGUUUAAGAAGAAUGAGGAACGCAAAGAAGACAUUCCUGCACGCCUGCAGCGUCUUGAAGAGCUAAUCCGCUACCAGCAAAUGCGUUAAUAAGUCGUGCACUAAAAUGUGUAUUAAUCCAGUGCCUAUAAUAAUUAAAUAUUUUAUUUAGAAUUUCCAAUGAGGCUCGUGAGCGUUUAGGACAUCAAAUCCCUUCUUCGACAACAAACAGAAUAAGCGCCGAGCUUCCUUUGAAAUAGAGCACACACGCAUUUCGCGCCCGCCAAAUCAAAAUGAUUUUCACCGCGGCUUCUGAAUCCGAGGAGACCGGCAGGCGCAGCCGCGGCAACUCUUUCUGCUGGGUCCCUCCUCAUCGGCAGUGUACAAACACAACCAAAAAAGGCCCUUCAAAAAUCUAAACACCAUGUCCGAAAAGGAGAGAAUUCAGAUCUACCAGCGAGUGGGGACCAACAAACUGAAAGAAUGGGCCGACGACACCGAUGAACGUUUUAUGAAGGAUCUGGCCGAGAACAGCGACCUGAGCGAUGCCUUCAGGUCCUUCUUGAGACAACGCAGCGGGGAUAUAUCUGCAGAGGCGUGGGAGCUGCUCAGGCAAGGAGCUGUGGCAGAAAGUGCGGGCAAGCCUUUUACAGAUAUUCGCAACCAGGUGAAGCAGAAGUUCAACGGUGGCUGUGUUCGCAUUCACGAGAGCCACUUGAAAGUUGAAGACUUAGAUAAAGAAUCAAUGGGCUACCUUUUUGAAACUGUGACUAAAAAUCUGAAGACUUCAUUUCCAGAACAACCUUGCAUAGCUGAAUUUAGACCAGAAAUCAGCAAAUACGUUAAGGAAAAUAAGCCGAAAUCAGAGUCAUUAAGGAAGCAUUUUACCCGAAGCUGCAGUUUAUUUUAAAACCCACAAAAGCGACGAAUGAAUUGGAGCUCGCAUUUUCCACAAACCAAAUGCCUGCCUGCAGAAAAACAAAACAUAUUUUUUUUUAAAUUUAACAAACUUGCGCAGUUACAAAAAAUGAUCUUGAAGAGCUGUUGAAUUAAAUAAGCUCACAUCAGUACUAGAAAUCAUAAACCAAACCUAAUUAUUUUACUGUAUUACUAUUUUAGUGUUGAAUUUUUAUAUUUAUCUCAAGAUAUUGUUAAAAAAUGGGGAUGGAGCCAGUAAAAUACAUUGAUUGGGCUGUUUAUUACUAAAAUCUAUGGUUUCUUAUCUAUAUGUAUGACAUGCUCCGCGUUAUGGCCAUCAGAAUAAAAGCCAGAAAUCCCUGAAUUUUAAUGUUAACGGGAAAUCACGAUUUGAAAGAUUCGACGUGGUAGACAAAGUGCGUAAUACAGGAAGGCUUGAAAACAUGCAUUUGUUGUAGGGCAUGCGCGGUAUUGAUCGGAGCCAUGUAAAUGUUCUGUAUUCAUUAUUUGUAUUAGUCUCCACUUCACAAGUUGUAAACGUUAAAUCAUAACAUUUGCUUGCAGGAAACAUUUGUAUUUUUAUAAUUAUAUAUGUCAAUCUACGACGCAGACGUUCUGAAAUGCAUUUAAUGCAAAAUAUUCAGAGAUUUGUUGAUGAAUUGUAUGCUAUGAAGUGUAACUUCAAAUAAUGUAAAAUAAAAAUAAUAAAAAUUAAUAUUAUUUUCA